AGAUCUUUGUUCAGACUCCAAUGUAUUCCACAUAAUGCGGCUCUGUGAGCAUCAUUUAGGCCUCUACGUGUCGUUGGUAUCUGCAUGUGUUUAUUAAUGCGGACAUAACCCCCACGAAGCCAGCGGAAAGGGAAGCGCUUUGUUAAACAUCUGUAAAAACCGCUGGGGCCGAGUGAUAAUGUAGCAGAGAGUCUGGCUGUGGGAGAGAGAGAGAAGGCGGUCUCCUCGUCCAAGACUCGGCAGAAAUGAAGAGUCAACAGAAAAGCCCUGAACCAGACGGGAGUGUUGCCGUCAACGAGGAAGGGUCUGUAGCCACGGCGGAGGACCCAGCAGCUAUUGCCACCAUUCAGUCUGCUGCCACCUUCACUGACCAGCCCAUCAAAUAUCUGUUCAAGACGGAAGGAGCAGGGGGGCAGGUUACCUACAGAGUGAUCCAGGUGUCAGAUGGCCAAUUGGAGAGUCAGACAGAUGGAGCUGCGGCAGUAAGCCUCGUCGCCGGUUUCCCCGCGACCACUCAGGCUGUCACACAGGCUGUGUUCUCUCAGUCUGAGGGGUUGGAGGGAGACGGCAGCACAGAGACGCAAUACACCUACUACCCCGCCACCAUCGCAGACGCCACCACUGGCACCAUGGUGACCACAGUGCAGGCCUCAGACACGCUGCUGGGCCAGACCACACCCACAGGGCAGCUUUAUGUGAUGAUGUCACCCCAGGAAGUUUUGACGGGGUCCAAUCAAAGGACAAUCGCACCUCGCACUCAGCCAUACAUAGCAAAACAAGAUGCUCCUCGUGGUUCCAGAGACGAGAAGCGGCGAGCGCAGCACAAUGAAGUUGAGCGUCGGCGCAGGGACAAGAUCAACAACUGGAUUGUACAGCUGUCGAAGGCCAUCCCAGACUGUAACAUUGACUAUACCAAGACCGGACAGAGUAAAGGAGGAAUCCUGUCCAAAGCCUGCGAGUACAUCAAGGAACUCCGACAGAGCAACCUGAAGCUGGGGGAAGAUAUCGGCACUCUGGAUCGCCUCAGGAUUGACAACCAGCUACUGAGACAGGAGGUGGAAGACUGGAAGUCCAAGAAUCAGAUCCUGAGGAACCUGCUUCGACAGCACGGCAUUGUGGGAUCAUCCAGCACAGAUCCCCAGUGAGAAGUUUCUUGCCAAUGUUCAGUUGGAGCUAUUUGAAGACAACCACGUAUGGGCCAAAAGAGUACUUGAAACACUUUGAGAUACUUUGUUUGUGGUCAAGUGUGCAUGAAAUAGGGGGAAAUAAUGGAACAUUGUCAUUAAUAUUCAAAUCUAGCUUCUUUGCUAAAUAUUAUCUUUGAAGAUUUUUACUCCAUGGAAAUCAAACAACCCAUUCAUGAUAACAUGACGCAUCUGAAAAGAGAGCCCACUUCCCCCACAAACAUUCUGAUCAUUCAUGAACCUCUAGUCCUGUAAGCUCUUAAGCACGACCAACUUCUCACGUCAGUUUGCGGUUUCUUUUUAACCUCUUCAGUACUCUGCUUCUCUCUAUCAACGCUCACAUUAACGUCUCAUUGUAUCAUACUUUGACUUGUCCUCUUUUAUCACUUUGUACGGCUGAUCCUGACUCCGUCAUCAUCCCACUCUUAGCUUGGCUCUUCUGCUUUGUAUUUUUGUAUGUUUCAUGAAACCUCACUGGGGACAAUAAUUGCAUUGCAACAAUGUAACUAAAUAAACAGAGGUUGGGAAGCAUUGCAUUGUAGGUAGGCUGUGUAUUGUAUGUCUUUAUAAUAAAAAUCAAAUAAUAUACCGUA